GUUCUGGGACCCUUGACCCAACCACCGAGGAAAUUGCCCAAGCCGACUCUGGGGGCUGUGUACAAGAACUCAGAAUGCUUUUCCAGAGCACCUCUUCUUCAGCUUUGGAGUUUAAGGGUCUCUGCUAACAUGGGGUUCUCACUCUGGGAGUCACAGAAGCUGCCACAACCAGGCUAACAAGUUAGGAUACCUCGAAGCCCUUUUCUAACAGCACAGGGAGGUCUGAAUUUGGUGAGUGACUCAGCUACCUUGACCUUGCGGCAGAACAGACUCAUUUCGGAGCCCCUGGGGUCCCCGGUGGAGCCAGUGUGUCUACGUGAUUGUCAACUGAUGGCCAGAGAAAAACACUUGUCUGAGGAAAUAGGCUGAAUAGUUUGGGACUUACUCCGGAUGCUUUUUCUUGCUAGUACAUUUCCAAACUCUCACCAGAGCCAACCCUAUUUGUGUGACUUCUAUCUCCAUAAGGAAAUUUCCUCCUUUUGCUAACUAAAAAGAAAGAGAGAGAGGGAAGGAAACUUCUAGAUCAUGUCCAUUUUACUACUGUGGAAGAAUCAUGAUUUUCCCACACAUAUUUGACAGAGGUUAGUGUUUUGGUUUGACUUUCGGUUUUAACGCAGCUUGCUGAGUUGACGGCAGAUAGAAUCACCAUCUGAAGUUUACGGGUGGUUCAGAAGAAAAGCUUUGAAACCACUUCUAGGUCUUUCUACUUCUGCCACUUUAGCUCUUCCUUUUUUUUAACCUCUGUCUAGUCAUAGCCUUAUCCUAGCCUCUAAUUCUUUGUCCCUUGUCACUACUGUUCUCCUAUUUACUUCUAUUUAAAUGGAUAAACAGAACAUAAAUUCUAAAGCAACAGAUUUGGGUGACCCAAUUUUAGUGAAUGGAGCCUGUUCCCAAGUUGGAUACUAUGCAAUGCCUGGACACAACCUACAUGGAAUAUUCUGUUAGACUCAGAGUUGAUAGGAUUUUACUUUUAGCUCAGAAUUCAGGAAACUAAAUGGGUACUCUCCUAUAUUGGCAGUAUGAAUAAAAAUUGGUUCAAUUUUCCUGGAAUGCAAUUGACAAGAAGUAUAAGGAGGCUUAAACAUAAACUGCGUACCCUCUGAUGUAGCAAUUCCAUAUCCUAAAAAUAAGCAGGCACAAAUAUGGAUGCUCAUUGUAGCAUUAUUUACAACUGCAAAAAAUAGGAACUAUCCUAUACGUUCAACUUUGGGAACUGACUAAAUAAACAGCAUCACCAAUAAAUGGACCAUUAUACAUCCAUUUAAGAAACAUGUUGGAAGAACAUCUAAGAGAAUGGAAAAUCUUACUCUUUAAGUUAGUAAAAAGAUAAUAAGGCAUGUUUUGGGAUACAAGCUAGGCACAUAGGCAUUUCAAAAGGAUUACAUGGAGGUGACUUUCCGAGUCAUUGGCCGUGCGGGUUGGGGCGGCCUGAGCCGGGGGUUCUGUGCCGAGAUGCUUCAGAGCCUUGUUAAAAAUGUUUGGAUCCCUGUGAAGGCCUACUGUACCCAAGUUUACCAGGGGAUUUGGGUAGGAAUGGGGUUGAUGGGCUUCACCAUUUAUAAAAUCAGGAUUGCUGAUAAAAGAAGUAAAGCUUUGAAAGCUUUGAGUCUUGCAUCUGCUCAUGGUCACCAUUAAUCAGCUUUAUUUGGAGUACACAUCAAAUGGCACGACAGUCUGGCUGAAAAUCUCAGCAAACUCUGUUAGGUGGGAACACAGAGCAUCGCUGUACGCUUGUAGACAUGUUGUCUCCUUUGUGGCAUGAAUAAAUGUUAACUAUGCAGUACACCAAAAAAAGGGGGGGAUUACGUGGAAAUGGACUAAAAUGUUCCCGUCAUUUAUGGUUGCUAUAAAUAUAUUUAGAAUAUUUACGGUUGCUUCUUAUUUUCUGCUUU